CAAGGCUUCGAGACAGAUUCGUAUUCUCAGUGUUUCUCCUCUUAAUCUUCGCACUAUUUGAUUUUCUUUUUGCCUCUAAACUCGACACGUGGACUAUCCUCCACUUAGUUUUCAUCAAGUAGCUAUUAGCGCAGGGUCCGCUUACGUUCUCAGAUCAACUCUCCGACGGUUGCAUAGGUGAUCGCUCAUUGCCUUUUCCGGUGAAGUAAUUAGCGAUUGAAUCAAAGCUACUUCAGUGACUAGCGACGAGAUCUAAGUAAAUUAGGAUUGAUAAUAGUGUUCAAAGGAUGCAGACUAUCUCAAGGGUUCUACAAGAAGGUAAAGAGAACGGAAUCUUGGUUAGGACAGGACAGUAUAACUCGUUUAGACCCAAACUGCUUCUUCUCCUAGGUCUUUUUCUUGCUGUUGUUGUCACUAUCUUCAUCAUUAGUGUCUCUACAAUCAAGUACACUGAACUACAAAGUGUAGUAACCACGGUCACUUCCACCUUUGUCCCAUGCCGUGAGGAUGAGUCCAGCAGUUUGAUACAACCUCCUGGGGUUCUGAUGCACAACAUGAGCGAUGAAGAGCUUCUUUGGCGUGCCUCUUUCUGGCCUCGGAGAAAAGGAUAUCCUUUUAAAAGGGUUCCAAAGAUCGCGUUUAUGUUCUUGACCAAAGGCCCCUUGCCACUUGCUUCGCUUUGGGAGAGGUUCUUGAAGGGUCACAAGGGGCUUUACUCUGUUUACGUUCAUCCGGAUCCGUCUUUUAAUGCCAAGUUUCCAGCUGAUUCUGUUUUCUACAAGAGGCAGAUACCAAGUCAGGUUGCAGAAUGGGGGAGAAUGACCAUGUGCGAUGCAGAGAAGCGGCUCCUCGCCAACGCGCUUCUCGAUAUCUCCAACGAAUGGUUUGUCCUAGUCUCAGAGUCGUGCAUUCCACUCUACAACUUCACAACGAUCUACACCUACUUAAGCCAAUCAAAACACAGCUUCAUCGGUGCUGUUGACGACCCUGGACCCUUCGGUCGAGGCCGGUACAACGAGAAGAUGGAGCCUGAAGUUCCCAUCACCAAAUGGCGAAAAGGGCCACAAUGGUUUGAGGUAGACCGGGACCUGGCAGCUACCAUUGUCAAAGACACAUUGUAUCACCAUAAAUUCAGAGAGUUUUGUAGACCCGCUUGCUAUUCAGACGAGCAUUAUUUCCCUACGAUGCUGACUAUUGAGAAACCGGCGGCGUUGGCUAACCGGAGUGUGACGUGGACGGACUGGUCUAGAGGCGGGCCCCACCCGGCUACGUUUGGGAGAUCGGAUAUUACAGAGGAGUUCUUUGGAAAGAUCUUUGAUGGAGAGAACUGCAGUUACAAUGGUCGUAACACUUCCAUGUGUUAUCUUUUUGCGAGGAAGUUUGCUCCUAGCGCAUUGGAGCCGCUGCUUCACAUUGCUCCCAAGUCUAUGAACUGAAAUCAAAUAGAGAUCAUGAUACGGAUUAUAUGAUAGAUUAUAAGCCAAUAUCAUUUUAUUUUGUUUGUUUACACAAGUUUGGAAUAAACGAGAUAUUAUAAGAGAGAGAGAACGUUGCACAACAGGAUCUUAUAACUU